AUGGAAACAUAAUCAUUUUCACCUAUGUUAGAUAGAGUUAUGGCUUAAGAAAUAUAAUCAGUUAGUUGGAGUAAAACUAUGGAUGUUUGUGCUAUUCUAUUUACAAAUAAUUAAUUAGAAAUAUGUAGAGUUAGUGAAUAAUUGCAAAGAAUGUUCAUAAUACAAGAAGAAGAUAAUAUAAGUAACAUUAUUGUUGAAAGUAAUUUACAUACUUUUAGUUAGGUACAUUUCUUGCUUAUAAUGUUGGAAAUAAAUUGUUUUUUUAUCAUCUCGCUUCUCAUUAAAAAAUAAUUCAAUCUACAUUAAACAAGAGUUCUGAUAAAAUAAUAUAAAUGCUCUUUGCAUAAGUUAAUGUUAAAAUUAUUAAAGAACAGGAAUUACAAGCAGCAAUUAUUCCAUUAUCAACAACAAAUUAGUAUUUCAUCAUUUUAUUUAUUUAUAGAAAAAAUUGGCAAAAUUUAUGCUUUUUAAAAUAGUAAUAAAUAAACAAUCUAAUAUUCUCUCUUACUAAUAAAUAAAUUACGUAUAAUUUUAAUGGCAUUUUACAUUUAGGAGAAAUAGAACAUAAAAACAUUAAUUAAUUAUAUCAAUUAGAAAAUGAAUUGCAUUGUUUUUCAAAUUCAUUUGUUGAAAUUUAUGAUAUUAGUUUAUUCAAACAUCAAUAAAUUUUAGUAUUAAAUCUUUAUUAUUUAGAAAUACAUUUAAUAAUUGAGUUAUUUAAAUGAACUACUAAAUUUUUUAAAAACUUCAAUUUUAUUAAUUAAUACUUAAUUACAAGACAUCUUCAAAUGUUAUUAAUUAAAUAUUAUUGGUCCUUUGACAGCAUUUGGACUAAAAGAAACAAUUAAUUUCCAUUUAUUAUUUUUUUAUUAAAAAGGACUUUGUCCUUAAGUACUUGCUCAAUUCUUUCAAAAAGAACUAUAUAAUACUAAAAUUUUAUAAAAAAUGGAUGAUGUAAAAUUAAAUAAUUUUAAUUUAAGAAUAUCACAAAUAGUUUUAAUAAUAUAUAAGAAAUAAUUUAAGAUUCUUUGAUGAAUGUCUUAUCCAGAAUUUUAAUUAUUCUAAAUUUUUUUAUUAAAUCAAAAAAUAUGUAUGAAUUUUAAACGAUAUUUAAUAUUAGGCCAUUCUAUUAAGGAUUGCAUAAAACUCCUUUUGAAGACUUAUAAUAAACAAUUUAAAAGAUAUAAAAAGUGUUUUGUAGAUUUUAAAUAGAGUGUCAUUAAACUAAGUUGCAUCUUAGAAACCUUUUUGUUUGGUUAAAUUUAUGUGCUAUCAAAGCUGGAAAUGAAUAAGAAGUGGAAUGUGAAAAUGUUAACUCACCUCUUAAUAAAAUAGAAGUAGAUUUACCAAAACUAUAUGAUUUUUUAAAAGAGAAUCAUUUAUUUUAAUUAAGAAAUUUAUAAUGUUUCUAUCAAGAUAAAAUAAGUAAAAAAAUUAAUUUUAUUUAAAUAGCACCAAAAUCAUUUUUUACUAAAGUUCUCGUUCAGAAAAAUGUAGAGUUAAGAUAAUCUGAAACAAUUACAAAGAUUUUAAAAAAUGUUUUUAAGGAGAAUUAUCUUGAAAUUUAAGAAAAAUAAAAUAAAAUCGAAUAAGAAGAAACAUUUGUAACUGUUAACUCUUUGGUUCGUCAAUUAUAAAAUUAUUUAGAUAAAAUUGCAAUAAAUUUGAAACCUUAACUUUUACAUAAAAUCAAUAUUGAUCUUUCUAGUUCAAUGAUUAGAUUUUCUGAAUAAUCAGAAAAUUCAUAUGCUAUAUCUGUUUUAGUAGAUAAUGCAAUCAUUCAAUAUACAUAUUAAUAAAAAAGCUUCUUUCAAUUGAAUAAGAUUUAAUUUAACAAUAGAUAUAUUAAGGAGUUAUAAUACUUUUAAGAAAAAUUAAUCAUCUUGAGUACAAAUUAGAUGGAAAAUUAACUUUAAUAAUAAUUAACAGCUUAUAUUUCAUCGGAAGAUUAGGAGAUACAAAAUAGAUUUGAUUGUCAUUCAAUAAAAGAUUUAUAAGUUAGUAAAAAAGGAUUAAUAUCAAUAAUAAUAGAUUCUAAAAAAUUAAUAAUUCUUUCCUUUUGA